AUGGCUUUCAUGUCCCUGUACGGACUGAGUGGCCUAGAUGAGAUGUCGAUUCUGAACAUUCCCGUUGGAUUCUCAACUGUAUCAUCAGUUCCCAGCGAAAGAAUGUUGUCCUUGGGGCGAAUCAGCAGCCAGUAUCGUCUAAAAUUUUUACUUUUGGGCUUUGUCGGUCCAGAGACAUGGCCAUCCGGGGACCGGACAACUAGAAUUGUACGGCCAGGUGCAACAUUUGACCUUUUGAUCUACCAAGUCCGACUCACACUUCGACAUUUGUCUAUUUCUAACUGGGGAUUCUAUAUGAAAAACCCUCCCAGGCCCAUCGCAGGUGAUCUAAUUCUUCCCGUUCUGGAAUGUCUGGAGCUUCGCGGCUGUGGAUUUACAAGCGACAAUACGUUGUCAUGGAUCCUACGCCACAGAGGCACAUUGCGCCCAUUGAAGCUCGACGACUGUGCCAUCAUUUUCUCCAUGGAGCUGGGUGCAUGGAGCCCAGCCGAAACCGAAACUGCUCAUGUGUCUAUCGAAUUUAAUGGAAGUAAGGCGAUGGCGAAUGGUUUGCCCCGUCUACAAAUUUUUCAAUUCGGCAGUAGCAGAGUCCGAGCACCGGGCGAAAUUGGCCCAGUCCCAGUGUUUCGAGCUGAGAUUCCCGAGGGCCCGAAAUUCGGCCAUACCAACAAAUUUCUCUUUGGCCAUUGCCCGGAUCGAUACCUCGAAAUGAAAGAUGGUGAGGGUAAUUUCCCAUGGGCCCUACGUCAGGGACCACGAUGCAGGCGCAAGGCCCGCCCUGCAGCUGAUGAAGGUGACCUUGCAGCACUACGCCGUCUCCUUGAAAGUAUCGGCCAGGUUGUUCGGGAGAAUAAUACUUCGAGUCAUGCUGCCUCGGUGAACAAUUUUAUUGGGUUGGUCGAACCCAAUUAA